CUUUCUGAGCCAUAUAAGAGCCGAACUGUUAUGGAGACCCCAUCACACUGCAGUUCGCUGUUACUGAGAGAAGAUGAGCACACGGAUAAUGAAAUCCAACCCUGCCAUGAAACUAAUAGUGCUCUUCACGGCUUCUUUCUCGUGGGCCUUUCAGGAGCAACCCGUGCCACCAAAGUACCAGUACAGAGAUCCAGUGACAUCUCAGGUCCAUUCUUGUGACCAGUGUCCCCCCGGUACAUCCGUCAAACGACACUGCACCGCUGACACGCCAACCGAAUGCCAGCCCUGUCCUGAGAGGCAUUUUGCUGAGAACUGGCACUGGGGGGAUACGUGUCAGUACUGUACCUCAGUGUGUAAGGAGAGACAGCUAGUGAAACAGCAGUGCAACAGCACGCAUGACCAGCUCUGUGAAUGUGUACCUGGAUACCAUCUAGUGGUGGAAUUCUGCAUUGCACACAGUACCUGUCAGCCUGGAUACGGAGUCACAGUAUUGGGUACACCUGAAAGUGACACCAUGUGUGAACGCUGUCUGGAUGGUUAUUUCUCUGUUGGCGGCUCCUCCACGUGUCAGCCGCACAGACUCUGUGCUGAUUUUGGCAUGAAGACUCUGCGAUGGGGAACAUCCACUUCAGACAGCCUGUGUGGCUCUCCUGACAUCAAGGACUGCUCCCAGCAUCACACUCUGUGCCAUAAUGAUGCAACUCUGUGUGAAGAAGCAGUUUUCCAGUCUCUGGCAUCGCUGCGACUGUCCUCGGUGCCUCUGGAGCGAAUCCUCGAGAAUCUCCCUGGACAGAAGGUUGAUCUCAAGAGCCUGGAGAGGCUGAAGAAGGCGUGCUCUCCUCAGCAGCAGGUCCUGCACCUGCUGAGGCUGUGGAGAGAGCAGAACAAGGACAAGUUGUACGGCAUCAUACAAGGUGUGAACCACUGUGAGCGAAAGGUCUCCCGCUGCAACGCUCUAAAGAACCUGACCAUAGACGACCUCAUGAAAGUGACUAACAGCCUGCCGGGAGUAAAGGUCCAGGAGCAGGAUGUGAAGGCCGUGGUCUCCACCUGCCUGCCCAGGCAGUACCUCCUGCAGAUCCUCCACCUGUGGAAAUCUGCAAACUACAACCUGGAUCUAGCCAAAGGUCUGACUCGUAGUCUGAGGGUGCUGCGCAGCCAAGAAGCACCGCGGUAUCUCGUCAGAAGCCUCAAGAAAAUCAGCCGCAUCAUAGGGACCACGUCAGCGCACAAGAAGUACGAGAAGAUGUUCAUGAGCAUGUUUCAAGAUGAGUUGUGCUUUAAAGCUCAUAAGCAGCUAAACGAAUGAGGUCGUGAGAUGCGCAAACAUGAAACUAUGCAGUCGACAGCAUUUCAAAAACACAAAUGCAUUAUCUGACUGAAAACACGUGAAAAGAUACAUAAGAAGCAAAAGAACACAGCAGCCAUUGGACAGAGAAAAAGUCAUUUGUGAGAGAACGUUGUGAAUGAGGAAAUACCAAGCAAAGCACAUUGAGUACAGAAAAAUAAGGAAAGCAUACAGAAAGUAAAUUUUUUGUUGAUCUCCAAAUAAUACCACAGGCAAAUAUUGUCAUCC